CCGCGUGGGCCUCUCUCUUGCUUGGAACAGGGCGGACAUCAGUAGAUCGCAGGGCGAGCUGGGUAGAAACCCAUUGCGGUCAAAGGCGGACCCAAGGGGUGGCAGGCGGUGACCAGGCCACCGGGCGGCGCUGCGCCCUGCCCGCCCCUCCUCGGCCACCGGCCCCGCUCGCCCGCCGCGGGCGCUGCGUCUCCGGGUCUCCGGUCCCCCGCCCGCGCCUCCGAGCGCACCAUGCAGUGCCUCGGCGCCGCCUGCCCGGUUUCUGCGGAGAGAACCCCCAGGCAAAGAGAGUGGCGACCCCAGAUUUAUAGGAAAUGCACAGAUACGACAUGGUUAUUCCUGUUCUUUCUCUUUUGGACUGGCUUGGUGUUCAUCAUGGGCUACUCGGUGGUGGCUGGAGCCGCAGGAAGACUCCUCUUUGGCUACGACAGCUUUGGCAACGUGUGUGGCAAGAAGAACUCCCCAGUGGAAGGGGCCCCUCUGUCAGGGCAGGACAUGACCCUGAAAAAACACGUGUUCCUUCUGAAUUCCUGCAACCUGGAAGUCAAUGAAAUGAGGCUUAGCCCCAUGGCCCUCUGCGUGUCCAGCUGUCCUGAAGAGCAGCUCAACACCCUGGAAGAGGUCCAGCGCUUUGCACACACCAAUGGAUCCUUUCUGUGUGUUUAUAAUUUGAAUUCCUUCAACUACACCCAGAGCCCCAAAGCAGACUUACUGUGUCCCAGGCUACCAGUUCCACCAAGCAAGUCUUUUCCCUUGUUUAACCGAUGCAUCCCUCAAACACCUGAGUGCUAUUCCCUGUUCGCAUCUGCUUUGAUAAAUGAUGCUGACACCCUCCAUCGAAUUCUAAGUGGAAUAAUGUCCGGAAAAGACACUGUCCUUGGCCUGUGUGUCCUCGCAUUAGCCUUGUCCUUGGCCGUGAUGUUUACCUUCCGAUUUAUCACCAUCCUUCUGGUUCACAUUUUCAUUUCAUUGCUUGUUUUGGGAUUGUUGUUUGUCUGUGGUGUCUUAUGGUGGCUGUAUUAUGACUAUACCAACGACCUCAGCAUAGAAUUGGACACAGAAAGGGAAAAUAUGAAGUGCGUGCUAGGAUUCGCGAUUGUGUCUACAGUCAUCACGGCAGUCCUGCUUGUCUUGAUUUUUGUUCUCAGAAAGAGAAUAAAAUUGACAGUUGAGCUUUUCCGAGUCACAAAUAAAGCCAUCAGCAGUUCUCCCUUCCUGCUGUUCCAGCCACUGUGGACACUCACCAUCCUCAUUUUCUUCUGGGUCCUCUGGGUGGCUGUGCUGCUGAGCCUGGGGACAGCAGGAGCUGCCCAGGUUAUUGAAGGUGGCCAAGUGGAAUAUAAGCCUCUUUGGGGCAUUCGGUGUAUGUGGUGGUACCAUUUAAUUGGCCUCAUCUGGACAAGCGAAUUCAUCUUGGCAUGCCAGCAAAUGACUAUAGCGGGGGCAGUUGUGACUUGUUAUUUCAACAGAAAUAAAAAUGACCCUCCAGAUCGUCCAAUCCUUUCGUCUCUCUCCAUUCUUACGUGCUACCAUCAAGGAACAGUCGCAAAAGGGUCAUUUUUAAUCACUGCGGUGAGGAUUCCAAGAAUCAUUCUCAUAUGCAUUUAUAAAGCUUUGAAAGAAAAGCGAAGAGCAUCGUCCAGGUGCGUGUUCAGAUGCUGCAACUGCUGUUCCUGGUGUCUUGACAAAUAUCUGCACCAUCUCAGCCAGCAGUGCGACAGAGUGGGAAGAGUGCAGACUUUGAGGCAGACCCAUCUGAGUUUGAAUUGCUUCUCCCCCAUUUAUGGAGACCUUGCACAGAUUACUUCAUCUCUCUUCACCUCUGUUUCCAAACAGAAAAAUAGAUAUGGAAUAUAUAAAGCAAAAUUUGCAACAUCUCCCUCAUAGAAUUACUAUGAGAGGGUUGAAUAAACUAAGACAUAAAUGUUAGAGUGUGGUGUCUGGCUGUAAGUACUUGAACCCUAAUGUUAGUUUCUUUGGGAGGGGACGGGCGAGCUUAAUUAGUUUACUCAUUCACUCACCAAAUAUUGGAAGACUAUGUACCAGAUAAAUCAGUAUGAAAAUACCCACCUCCCAGGAUUAUAAUAAAUAGAGAAUAUUUGUAAAGCUCUUAGUUUUGUGCCUGGCACAUAGAGGUACUUACUGAAUACAUGGAAAUUAUUUCCAUUAUUAUCAACCCACGUAGUGUGUGAGCUCAUUAUAUCUUAGGGCACUGUGUUCAUGAAGUUAUUCAUUAAACCUGCUCAGGUAGGGCUAGAUUAGCAUCCACAGGGACCUUCUCCAAACACAACUUUCACUUCCCCCCCUACCCCUAGCCAGAACCACUGCCUAAUCACUUGUCGGGGGUGUUGAAUUGCUAAGAGCUGCCCUUCUGGCCCUUGAAAGCCAGAGAAAUGCUCAUUUCUCCCCAACAUGAAGGGUGGUGAUGAGGGAAAGUGCAGCACUCAAGUUCCAAAGAAAGAGAAUGGCCUGAAGAUUGAGAAAGCAUGCCCCCACGCGCGUCUCAGAAGGCCGGCCUCUGACCCUCUGUGUUCUGCUCUGUGUCCAGCCAUCAAUUUGUCUCUUCACUCCCAUUUGUCAGAGUCAAGAGCAGUUGCGUCACUGGCAAGGUCAGUAGGGACUGUUUCCAACAAAGUUGGUUUAAAAGGUCAUCUGGGCUGGGCACGGUGACCUCCCCGCUCUGGGAGGCUGAAGCAGGUAGAUCCCUGGAGCUCAGGACUUCCAGACCAGCCUGAGCAAGGGUGAGACCCCAUCCGUACUAAAAAUAGAAAAACUAGCCAGGCACUGGGACAGGUGCCUGUAGCCCGGGCUACUUGGGAGGCUGAGGCAAGAGGAUUGCUCAUGCCCAAGAGUUUGAGAUUGCUAUGAGCUGUGAUACCAGGGCAAUCUACCCAGGGCAACAGAGUGAGACUCUUUUCUCAAAACAAAAUGUCAUUGGCUUGGCACCUAUAGCUCAAGAGGCUAGGGCGCACCCACAUACACCAGAGCUGGUGGGUUUGAAUCCAGCCUGGGCCUGCCAAACAACAACAACUACAACCAAAAAAGAAAAAAUAGCCAGGUGUGGCAGGCACCUGUAGUCCCAGCUACUUGGGAGGCAAAGGCAAGAGAAUUGCUUAAGCCCAAGAGUUUGAGGUUGCUGUGAGCUGUGACACCACAGCACUCUACCCAGGGCAACAGCUUGAGACUGUCUCAAAAGAAUAAAUACAAAUAAAAGGUCAUCUGAUCCAAGGAGUCACUGCUGUGCACCUCCAACGAGAUCCUUUCACAAGCCUGAGCUCCCUCCCUGUGGGACACAGAGCAGCCGUGUGUUCUCCGGAUCUUCCUGCCCUGACAUGUUCUAGGUACACUGGGAAAGUCCUGCCAGAGACUGCCCUGUUCUUAACUUUGAUCUAAAAAAACCACCUUUGGAGUCAGCAAAAUGCAAUUCCCUCCUAAGUAAGGAAGCAGGUGACAUGUGAAAACGCUGUGCUCUGCUGCGCGGUGCUGGCCCAGGGCAGGGCAGUGUCCGCAUGGGCGCCACAGUGCUGCUGGUGACUGAGGCAGGGAUGGCCUCUAGGGAGGCAGCUCAAGAGCGAGGAGGGGACGUUCACUGGCCAAGCUGUCAACUUACCUCAGGUGCUUGAGAAAUGUAAAGGUAUACAUUAGUUUCAACAUUUCCCAAGUUUACUUUGUGUGGAAAAUGAACUUACACCAUCAAGUAGCUCCCACCCAUGUCUCAUCUUCCUGGUGACAGGGAGCUGGUUUCUUCAGGUCCUUUCUCUUCAUCUGGUUCUUCCCGCACAGUUGUUGUCGAGGGGCUCUGGCUGCCCUUGAAGGCCACCCACACCCUUCUAAGCAAGGCAGGGACAGUGGGAUAUGUCCCUUAGCUGCCAUUCCCCAGCUGCCUAUGUCCUAGACAUCGAGGCAUGUUGGAGAGGAAUGAUUGGAGAGGAGAAAAUGCAUUCAUUAAAAGCCUCUGUGUAAGAUUAACCCAUAUCACAAAAUCCCAAGACCAGAGAUGUUGGCGUGGAUGUGGAGAAAAGGGAACACUUCUACACUGCUGGUGGGAAUGCAAAUUAAUACAUUCCUUUUGGAAAGAUGUUUGGAGAACACUUAGAGAUAUAAAAAUAGAUCUGCCAUUCAAUUCUAUAAUCCCUCUACUAGGUAUAUACCCAGAAGACCAAAAAACACAUCAUAACAAAGAUAUUUGUACCAGAAUGUUUAUUGCAGCCCAAUUCAUAAUUGCUAAGUCAUGGAAAAAGCCCAAGUGCCCAUCGAUCCACAAAUGGAUUAAUAAAUUGUGGUAUAUGUACACCAUGGAAUAUUAUGCAGUCUUAAAGAAAGAUGGAGACUUUACCUCUUUCAUGUUUACAUGGAUGGAGCUGGAACAUAUUCUUCUUAGUAAAGUAUUUCAAGAAUGGAAGAAAAAGUAUCCAAUGUACUCAGCCCUGCUAUGAAACUAAUUUAUGGCUUUCACAUGAAAGCUAUAACCCAGUUAUAACCCAAGAAUAGGGGGAAGAGGGAAAGGAAGGGGAGGGAGGGGGGAGGUGGGCAGAGGGAGGGCGAUUGGUGGGAUUACACCUGCGGUGCAUCUUACAAGGGUAUAUGUGAAACUUAGUAAAUGUAGAAUGUAAAUGUCUUAACACAAUAACUAAGAAAAUGCCAGGAAGGCUAUGCUAACCAGUGUGAUGAAAAUGUGUCAAACAGUCUGUAAAACCAGUGCAUGGUGCCCCAUGAUCGCAUUAAUGUACACAGCUAUGAUUUAAUAAUAAUUAAAAAAGCCUCUGUGAUGCAGCAGUCAUGGAUUUGCGUUCUGCUACCAGCUGGAGGCUCAAUGCGGCCAACCACGUGAGUCUCAUCUUUGAAUGAGUUCCACCUGGUGUGACUCUAGCCACGCACUCAGAAGUACCGUACCACAUCUCAACCUAGUUUCCGACUUUGAGCUCCCAUUCCACUGAACUGGUAGAAAAUUUAAACUGUCAUUUUUGCGCUAUCCCCCAUGGGGUUAUAUGAGUUACAGGUGUCCCCAGGCAUUAGUAGACAUAGUUUGCCCUUGAGACAUCCAUCUUCCCAUCUACAUGGCUCCCCAGGCCCUGCUUGGGAAGCAGGAAUAUUUUACAAAACUGCCUACGGUCCUGUCUGCCUAGAUCAGCAGUUCUCAACCUGUGGGUCGCGACCCUUUUGGGGGUCUCCUGCAUAUCAGAUAUUUACAUUACAAUUCAUAACUAGCAAAAUUACAGUCAUGAAGUAGCAACAAAAAUAAUUUUAUGGUUGGGGGUCACCACAACAUGAGGAACUGUAUUAAAGGGUCACGGCAUUAGGAAGGUUGAGAACCACUGGCCUAGAUGUUCUAGCAAUAGGUGAACAAUUGUCCUGGUCACCUAAAAGCCCAACAUCUCUGGAACCCCUUCACUCCCGGGCAAACCAGGACUCCAGGAGAGGUCCUGGAAGAGCCCUACCACUUAUCCAUGCUCUGCUAAAGAGAAAUCAGACCUGAACCCCUGGUCAGGACCCACAGACACCUGUUUCCUCCUCUCCCAAUGCAGGGGUGUCUCAUUUUCUAAUUUGGGGGGAGGAUGACCUGCAGUUUCACCUGCUGUUCCAAGAUAUCUGGUUCAUACUGAGAAUCCCCCUCCAUCUUUUCCACUGGCAGGUUAAAGCUUAAAGAGCCUAAAAUUUUGGAAAACAAAAGCCAGUGAGAGUUGCAGACUGGAUGUCUUUUUACCCUCACUCUCCCAGUGGCCCCUUCACCUGGGGAAGGGGCACAGCCUGGGUCCAGCUGGCAGGGGAGAUGUGCAGAGGAAGAAAGGGGAAAAUGCCUGAGGGGUGAGACAGUCAAGACAGCAAAUGAUUAGGGAGAGCUGGACAGUCCUCCUUCCAUUCAGUCUCAUCUCCAGGAACAUUUGAGAAAUAAGUUCUAUGAAAAGUAGGAGAAGAAGCAAUGGAAAGAAUUUGGGUUCACUUAGCUUUCUUAUCUGGGUGGGGCUGCAAAGUUCCUAAAAGUUUUGGCAAAUGGAUCUAGGCUUUAACCAUCUUUCAAGUGGUUUCAUCUUCCCCGUCCUCUUGCCUUUUAUAGAAUGCUCUGUAGUUGGCAUGGGGUGCAGUAAAGACAGCAUUUGCUGGACUUGCAUUCAUCCGUGGAAUGAGACAGCUGAGGCUGAAUGACUUCAUCAGGAUGUGUCUCCAGAGGGGGUGAAGAAGGGCUCUCAGGGCGUGUUUGCCAUGCCCAGGUCUUGCCUCCAUCAAAGCAACAACAAAGAAACUCGGUGAGAUCCAAAGAACAUGAGGCUACUGACCUCCCUUAGUGCCCUGUCCCCAAGCUCCAGCCUGCAGCAUGGCCAAAGCAGACCUUCCAAAUGUGUCUGUGGGUGGAAGGAUGAGCACAGAGAUUGGCACUGGGCUCAUGCUGUCGCCACACAGCUUUUAACAUCUGCUGAGAGGAGUGAGAAGACACUGUAAAAAUAGGAAAUACUAGCUCAGAAAGGGCUGUCCUUUUCUGUUGGAGCUGCCCUAACCACACCUAAAACUGACUGCAGGGGAAACGGCUGCCUGAGUAGAACUGCCAGGGGAGAGAAGAGGCUAAAUGGAGGUUCAGAAAGAAAACAUCUGUCUUACAACAAACCACAGUAAUUAAGAUGGUGCGUUAUUGGCACAAACGUAGACAUGCUAUGCUAGAUAGAUACAUGUGUAUACAGACCAUUGGAAGAGAAUAGAGGGCCCAGAAAGAAACUAUAGCAAAAAUGGCCAAAUGCCUUUCAACCAAGAUACCAAGGCAUCAGUGGGAAAAGGGCAGUCUCAUUAACAAAUGGUCUUGGGACCUGAAUAUCCAUGGACCGAGUAAUGAACUUGGACCCUUACGCUUACCCUUACCUUAUAUACUUAUGUAUGAAAAUUAAUUCAAAAUAAUUUAAAAAUCUAAAAGUAAGACAGACCUAAAACUAUAAAUUUCCCAAGAAAAAUGUCAGGACAAUGGAAUAGGCAGUGAUUUCUUGGAUGUGAUACCAAAAGCAAAAAAUAGACAAAUAGGCAAAAAACAAAACAAGAAAUAGGCAAAACCAAAAAAUAGACAAAUGGAACUACAUCAAGUUUUAAAACUUCUACAUGUCAAAGGCAACAACAGAGUAAAAAGUCAUCCUAUAGAAUGGGAGAGAAUAAUUGCAAAUCAUAUAUGAUAAGGGGUUAAUAGCUAGAAUUCAUAAGGAACUUCCACAACUCAACAACAACAAAAAGAAAUAAGCAAGGGACUUGAAGAGCUACUUCUCCAAGGAAGCUAUCCUGAGCCAACAAGCUCAGGAGAAGAUACUCAACAUCUCUAAUCAUUAGGAAACUAUAAAUCAAAACCACAAGAUAUCACCUCAGUGUGGACACUCUCAGAAUGGACACUCUCAAAAGAACAGAAAACUACAAGUGUUGGUGAGAAGGAGAAGUGGGAACCUUUGUGUACUGUUGGUGGAAAUGUAAAAUACUGUAGCUGUCCUGGAAGAGAAUUCGAAGAAGGUACCUCAAAAAAAUAAAAAUAAGAGUGCCAUAUGAUCCAGCAGUCUCCUUCUGAGCAUCCAUUCCAAAGGAUCUCAGUGAUACUUGCACACCCAUGUUCAUCGCAGCAUCAUUCACAACAGCCAAGAGGUGGAAGCAACCCAAGAUCAGUGGAUCAAGAAAAUGGGACCUAGACAUACAUUAUAAUGUCAUGCAGCUUUUUAAAAGGAGAUUCUGUCAUUUGCUACUAUAGGGCUGGUCAUCAAGGAUAUUAUGCUAAAUUAAAUAAGGCAGGCACAGCCGUACAAAUAGCGGUUCCACGCACAUGAAAUAGUCAAACAUCAUAGAAACAAAGUGGAAAGAUGGUUAGUAGGGCUGGAGGGGAAGUGGGGAGAAUUAGUGUUUAGUGGGUAAAGAGUUUCAGUGCUGCAGGAUGAAAAAAGUCUAGAGAUCUGCACCCUGCACAGCAAUGUGAACAUACCUGACACGGCUGAGCUCUGCACUUCAAAUGGGGAGAUGGUAAAUCAAACGUUAUAUGUUUACCAUAGUAAAAAGAAGUAAAGAAAGGUGCUGUUAUAGCGCAUGUGUUUUAAGCGAAUACAUUUUCCUUGUGAGAGUUUUCCAGGCAAGGUGGACCACACCGUGCUACAGAGCAACAUUCCCUCCCAGCCACGAUCCACGACCUUUUGGUUUCUUGGCAGGCCCACUGUCAGAGGCCUUCCUCACGCAGCCUGGCAGAGCAGCUCACGCUCGCGCUCGCCAUCAGUGUGCUUGUGGACAGGCACCAGACUUAAAAUUAUUUUCCCCAAAUUUGCAAUAUAUGUAAAACAUAAACAUUCCCAUUUCUGCUCUCCAUCUCCCUCUCACCAUUUUCUCAGUUCUGACCUUCAAAUCAGAGAUGUUUGACAUCUUCUUAACUAAAGAACCAACCUUCCAAAGUCUAUAGAUCCCAUAGUCCUUGACUUCGUACAGUACAUCAGGCACCUGGUAAACCUUUGGCAUAUGCUAAGUUUAUCCUCUCAAGGACUGUGUGUAGUAGAUAUGUCCCUUGUUGUAUAAAUGAGGAAAUUGCGACCCAGGGGCUGAAGAGCUGAUCUAGGAUGACAGCCCUACUGUGUGGUGAUCCAUAUAACCCCCAAAACUGUGGCCUGCUGGCUUACUCUGCUGCCCAGGUUUCUUGUCAAGGAUAAGAUGGUCCUCACUAACAAGGGACAGCCCUCAUAUCUUUUUAAAAAUUUUGGAUGAAUGUAAGGGUACAUACAAUUAGGUUACAUUGUUGGUGUUGAGUUCUUCACCCAGGAGGUGUGCCAUAUGUCCCUACAUUAUGUGUGUUAAACAAGAGCUUACCAAGUCCCCUCCCUUUUUCUCCCCUCCCCACCUAC